CACAAAAGAAGAAGAGAGAGAAUGGCAUUGGAAGCUGUAGUGUUCCCUCAAGACCUGUUCAGUUAUGGUUGUAAGGACUUGUACUCAUUAGGAGGAGGAGGUUGGAGCUAUGAUUUUGGUGUAACAGAAGAAGAAGAAGAAAAAGUUGGGCUUGAUGAGGUGGUUCUUGACAAAAACAUAGACCAAGGUCUCUAUGGUAAUUGGGAUUCUUCAUCUUCUUCCAUGGUGCAAAAUGUGAAGGAAUGGGACACCAAUUCGUCUCCUGAAGCUUGCACAGGUGAUGGUGGGUUCUUUCCCGGUGGUUUUCCAACCGUGAAAACUCCGGCAACCACGCCAAGUCGGCGUAAGAGACGACGCACUAGAAGUUGUAAGAACAAAGAAGAAGUGGAAAACCAAAGGAUGACCCACAUUGCCGUCGAACGUAACCGUCGGAAGCAGAUGAAUGAGUAUCUCGCCGUACUCCGGUCUUUGAUGCCACCAUCUUACGUUCAAAGGGGAGACCAAGCAUCGAUCAUAGGAGGAGCCAUUAAUUUUGUGAAGGAACUGGAGCAACUCCUACAAUCACUAGAGGCUGAGAAGAGAAUUAAACAAAGAUCAGACUCUGGUUUCUCUUCUCCAUUUGCAGAUUUCUUCACCUUCCCUCAAUACUCCUCAAGCUCAGUUCACUGCAGGAACACUGCAGUGGCAAAUGAAUCUGUGGCUGAGAAUAGCUCAGCCAUUGCAGACAUCGAAGUGACCAUGGUUGAAAGCCAUGCCAACCUUAAAGUUCUCUCAAGGAAACGACCAAAGCAGCUCUUGAAGAUGGUUACAGCGUUCCAAGCUCUUAGACUCACUGUGCUCCACCUUAAUGUUACAGCUCUUGAUCAAAUGGCCCUCUACUCCUUCAGUGUUAAGGUUGAGGAAGAUUGCCAACUUACUUCAGUGGAUGAAAUUGCUACGGCUGUUCAUCAAAUGCUAGGUAGGAUUCAGGAGGAGUCUACAUUGAGUUGACAACCCUAAUUAUUUUCUAAAGUAAUUAAGGUCCAUCACCACUUCCUCUUCUAUGGAUAAAAGGAGUGAAUCUUUUCAUAUGAUUCUAUUUUUCUUGUAGUUUUAGGGAUCUCUGUGUACCUUGAGCAGCUUUAAUCCAUCCAAUAUUUUACCC